AUGAUUAUAGAGAAGGCACUUGUUUCCCUACAUAACUUGAGAACAGCGGGCAUGGAGGUUAGUUGGCUGUUCCAGAGGCUGGAGCAGAUUCUGAAGGCAAAGCAGCUGAUGGCACAAGUUCCACAGAUGAAAGAAGCUAAAAAUAAAUGUGAUGAGGUGUUCAAGCAGAAGCAAGGGCAGCUUGUGUUGAUGGAGAGAAGGAAGGAGUUGCGGGAAAUCAAGCUACAAGAGCAGCAAAGAGAGAUGGAAGAAGUGGAAAGAAAGCUGCAGGAGAAGAAAAGAGAGAAGGAGGAGCUUGAAAGAGAACUGAUGGAGGAGGAAAAGCAAGUGGAGUGUGCGAAGCUGGAAGCAAACGAUGCAUAUUGUGCGACCAAGCAGGUGGGGAGGAGUAUAGCGGAUGUCUUCCUUACAAUGAAGGCAUUUGCUGCUUCUUGUGUCAUGGACGGACUUCUUCCAUCAGAACUUUGA